AUGAACGAAGCAACCCAAGGCGACAAAGCCGCCUCCCAGUCCAACUGGCCCGUCGCCAUAACGCACUACACAAACGCUCUCAUCGAAAACCCGCGCGCCCCCAGCUACUACAUCAAACGAGCUACAGCCUACUCUCGCCGCAAAGCCGUGGAUGGCGGACCGGAUCUCCACGCCGCUUUGGGAGAUGUCGAGCUUGCUCUAGCGCUGGCAAGGGAACGAGGGAAAAGGGAACUCAUUAUUGACGCGCAGCUGCGGCGGGCGAUUGUUUUGUUUCAGCUCGAACGGUUUGGCGAUGCGGGUUACUUGUUUGAUUUGCUUGAGGGCAAGUUGGGGAUAAACGAGAGUGCUGGUGCAGCUGACAAAUCUGCGCAGGUGCAGGCUGCAAUGUCCGCUCAGAAAGGGUCGCAGCAAAAAUUGGAGAAUGAGUUGAAGAUUUGGAAACUCAAGGUUAAGGGCAAGCUUAGCAAGUUGGAGGCCGGCGAUGAGAAGCUUGCGGUGUCGAUUAAGGAAUAUCCUGAUACCAAGAUUCCGGAGGAGGGGCAGCUGAGGAAGCGCCUUAAGGAGCAGCUUUCUUCUUCUGGAGCGGCGUCGGUUGUGGAUAAGACAAAGGAGAGUAAGCUGGAUGUGUCGGGUUCGACAUCUGCGGCCCCGCCGUUUACAGCUGGCCCUGGUGCGACGGCUGCUUCUGCUACAGCACCCGCGCCUUCAUCCGCGCCAGUCAAGAUUCGACAUGAGUGGUAUCAGUCACAGGAUACCGUUGUUGUUACCAUCUAUGCUAAAAGCGUCGACAAAUCAAAGCUAGAGACUGAUCUCCAAGACAACUCCCUGUCCCUCGAAUUCCCUCUCCCAUCUGGAUCAACAUACUCGUUUAACCUCGACCCAUUGUACGCCCCCAUAGACACGGCUCUGUCCAAAGUCAAUGUGCUAUCUACCAAAAUCGAAAUUACGCUUCGCAAACGAACGCCGGGACAGAAAUGGGGUGCUCUCGAAGGCUCAGCGACGGCUCCUAUUAUAUCUGAUUCCGCGAACACCAUCACCGUAAACUCGACCGCCACAGUGCCAACCACACAGACUCCUGCUCAGGUCAACAACAACAACGUAGGCGGUCCCUCAUACCCGACUUCAUCCAGACACGGAGUUAAGAACUGGGAUAAACUCGCCCAAGAUCUAACAUCGAAGAAAAAGAAAGACGAGAAGAAGAAAGAGACUAAAGACGCCGACGCUGAGGACGACGACGAUGACGCCGCAUCGGUAGACUCAGAUAUUGGCAGUGGCGACGCAGUAGACUCCUUCUUCAAGAAGCUGUAUGCUGGCGCGGACCCAGACACACGUCGCGCCAUGAUGAAGAGUUUCUAUGAGAGUCAAGGGACGGCCCUAAGCACCAAUUGGGAUGAGGUUGGGAAGGAGAAGGUGCCUGUUCACCCGCCUUCUAGCGAUUAG